AUGACCCCGCACUGUGACUACCGCGUCCGUUACUGUGAUGACGGGACCAGCCAGGACGUCGUCAACUUCCGGCAGCUCAUGACCGGCGGGAAAGCAGCCUCCGGCCUUCCCAAGUUUGACCCUAACCGCGGAGUCCACGGCAGCCAGUCUAUUGAGAUUCUGAAGCCUCUCCCCGCAGUCAGUGGGGACGGCUGGAAGCUCAAGAAGCGCAUCGUCGCGGUCAGCGAAAACAAGUCGGGGAUCAUCGUUGAGAACGAGGUAUUGCUCGUGGACGCGCAGGGCACGCCAUAUGCUAAGCUGCACAGCGGAUCCUUCAACCUCGGCGCGAAGGCGACGGGCUCGAACUUCUCGAAGCGCAUCGGGAGCGCGCCGCAAGCAACGCCCCCGCCCAAGGACCGCAAGCCCGACUGGGUCGUGCGCGACCAGACGACGCCCGAGCAGGCCGUCAUCUACCGCCUGAGCGGCGACUACAACGAGCUCCACAUCAACCCGGCGAUCGGCGCGGCGACAGGUUUCGGCGGCGUGAUCCUGCACGGACUCGCGACGUUCGGCUUCGGCGCGCGCGCGAUCAUCUCGGCCGUCGGCGGCGGGGACCCGCGCUCGCUGACGCUGUUCGGGGUGCGCUUCACCGCGCCCGUGAAGCCGGGCGACGCGCUCGAGACGUCCAUCUGGGAGAUCGGGCCUGCGAAGGCGGCUGGGCACGAGGGCGAGACGGAGGUUGCGUUCGUGACGACGAAUGUUGCGACGGGCAAGGUGUGUUUGGGCGCGGGCGUCGCGUAUGUGAAGAAGGCGGAGAAGAGCAAGCUCUGAGCGUAGCGCGGCGCCGUCGGCUCGGUCUCUUGCAUUCUCCUGGACGGUGUGUAAGAUGGAUAUGUACUCGCUUGGAUACGGAUUCUCUGUGCGGGGCGAGGGCGCGACGGGGAACAAGUGCGGAAUGUACACAGGACAGAAAUAUAUUUCGU